GGGAAGCUGGGCGGGAGCGUGCGUGGGCGAGACCACGCGACGGUGAACCCCGUCGUGUUGUGGGAUUUAAAUUCAGAGACUGGAAACGACCAGGCAAGAAUCAAAUAACAAUCUGACGUGCAGGCUUCGAGGCCAGUUGGUCGCCUUGGUCUCAGGUGAAUGGCAUAUAUCCUCAGUAACCCUCAUGGAAGGUGUGGGGGAUGUCUCUUCCGAAAAACGCACGCACAGAACUUUGCAGAGUUUGGAGACAGCACUUGGGAGGGUGUUUUCCUGAAACCCAUCCAUGAUCUCUUUUGUCCAUAAGCCAGAGAUUAAGAAUCCCUCUCUUUCCUAAAGAUAGGACUAUGUCAUAUCCUCAGUUCCUUCCCACUAGAAUUGAGGUAACAAUGAGUGUUUGACCCCACUGUGACACUGAAACUGGCCUGGUCAAGCUUUGUGAGUUCCCAACUUGCCAAAUUCAGUGGUAUUUUUCUGUUCUUGUUGUCAUCCUACUACCAAUGAAUAUAAGUUCUCUCCAUGAAAAUCGUUUAUGAUGGGGUCCUCCACUCUCUUAGUUUUUCUUCCCCUUCUCAGUCUGUUUCAUGGACUUCUCUGUCUCACCUCAAAAUAUUCAUAUUAGUAUUCUCCGGGGAUCACUCAGCCUUGUCUCUCCCAAGAGAGCUCCAUUAAAUACCAUUACCUGCUCCCAGGUUUAGAGUCCAACCCCAACAUCUGCCCUAUUUGACAUCUUGUUAGAGGUCUAAUAUGCUUGUCAAACUUAACAUGUCCAAAACAGAACUCUGAUUUUAUUUCAAAUCUGCUCUUUACACACUCUUCCUUAUUUAAAGGCACCAUCAUCCACCUCAUCACUCUUUGACCUAAGAUAGAUAGAAUAGUACAGUUGUAACUUUAAAUAGGGGUCAGGGUAGGCCUUAUUGAGAAUGUGUUAUUUGAGCUGAUACUUGAUAUGCAGAUAUCUGGGGAGGGAGUAUUUUAGGCUGAGGGAGCAGUUAGUGCAAAGGCCCUAGGGUGAGAGGAUCCCUGGUGUAUUCAAGGAAAGUAAGGAGGCCAAUGUCAAUGGAGCAAUGAAUGCCACAAGGUGAAACAGGUCAGAGAAGCAAUGGGGGAUGGGUGGGAACAGUGCAGCUCCUGUAAGACCUCACAGGCCAUUGAAAAGCUCUUGGCUUUUACUCUAAGUGAGAUUAUGAGCCAUUGGAGUUUUUAGCAAAGAAAUUAUCUGAUCUGAACUAUAAUUUUAAAGCAUAUUUAUUUACUGUGUUGAGAUUAGACUACAAGGGGCCAUAGAAAUGGCUGUUACCUCACCCAGCCCAAUGAUUCCUGAACUUUGCUGCACGUUAGAAUCAUCUGGAGAGCAGUGAAAAAUCCCAGUGCCCGGGUCACAUUCCAUACCUAUUAAAUCAGAAUAUCAAGGAGUGGGAGCCAGGCAUUGGUAUGUUUAAAAGACUCUUAGGUGAUUCCAAUAUGCAGCAGUUUAGGAACCACUAAAUGAAGCCAGAGAUUAUUUUAACUUUAAUCAGGCUAAUAAGCAGUGGAGAUGGUAAGAAGCAUUCAGAUUCUGGACAUAAUUAGAAGAUUUUAAUAAGACUUCCUGACAGAUCACAUGUGGGAUAUGGGAGAAAGACAGACAUCAAUAUCAAGUGUGACACCAAAGCUUUUGGACCAAAGGACUGGAACAAUGUAGUUUCCAUUAGCUGAAAUGGAGAAUAUCUACAGUUACUGAGGGUCGUUCUGGUAAUGGCUGAGUUGGCCUUUGAGUGUAACAUACAACCUGAGGCUGAAGGUUCAGAGAAUAGCUUUCCCCUGUACUCAGUGUGAUUGUUUGGAUUGCCAGACACAGCAAAGCAGACUCGGUUCUAUUUUCUUCUCUCUGGGAUAGCAAUUUAAAAAUACUUUUUUCUGAGUUUUUAAAAAUUAUAGACUUAACUUUUAAGUUUCAGAAAGAGAUUUAAAGCUGUAUGCCACUCAUUUCUAUAAACAAUCCAAUGUUGUUUUAUUUUUGGUAAAUUUAUUUAUUUUAUUUUUUUGCUGUACCAAUUUACAGUUCUACCAGCCCUGUUAGGUUUUAGCUACUGCUUCAGUUUCUAGAACCCUGCAGCUCCUACUUUACAAUGUAAAGUAUUUAACAAAGGAACUCUUAAAUAUUCACCAGAGGGACAUUUCUCAUCCUUUAUUUACCAGAAAUACUCUCAGCCAUUUAAAUCAAAGACUCUAUAAAGGAUGUUUAGAUUUUUACUCCUUUGUUGUAAUUAGAACCACUCAUAAACUUCCUAGGAAGAUGGUAACCCACCCUAUUUUUUAAAGCCAGUCUAGUUUGGGUGAAUUUUAUUUUUGGUGAGUUUCAAGACUUUGCAUCAAGAAUGUUUUUAUUUAUUUUAAUCUCAUAUCAUCCAUCUCUCCCAGUUAUGUCUUAUAUUUGGGUGUCUUGGAACCAGUGCUUUAUCUCUCUUGAAACUGGGGCAUUUUCCUAUCUGCCCAAGUGAGCCAGAUGGUCUGAAUAGCUUUCCCCCUCAAAGAAAGGAUGCCUUAGGGUGGCUGUUGCAAUCUAUUUGAGAAGGAAAAGGCAGAUCUGCCUGCUUGUAGGAAUAAGACAGAGAAUGAUGCAAGAUCCCCAAUUCACACAUAAUUUAAGUUUAAGUGAAAGGGGAAAAUAGCACAAAUCAGUAUCUAAGGGAGGAGGUUGUGGUAAAUAGCCCUCUAAUGGCAAGUCAGUUUCACUUCUGCUGUAUAAAUGUGGCUUUGCAACUGUGGCCCCAAAGACCCACGUACCCCAGUUAGGUCCAAAUAUCUGUACCAAGGCAGAGAAGCCGCCACCAUCUCCUUUGUGGACUUUUGGAACCGAAGCAGAAAUUUGUUUUUUUCCCCUGCAGUGACAUCUGGCUGGCGACUGGCCCUAAGUGGACAGAGCGGGCAUCACAUCACUCCAGGGAAUGGCAGACACUGAGGAGCCACACUCAGUUGAAGAUGAUUUAUUUAAUGAACCAAUAAAAAAACGAAGACGAUCAGAUCGAGACCAGCGGUUCCGAGCAUUUCCCUCCGUGGAGCAGUGUGCUCUUAAGGAAUAUGAAAAAUUAGAGUCCCGGACGAGAAGGGUUUUGAGCAACACUUACCAGAAACUCAUUCAGUGUGUCUUCCUGGAUGACAGCAUUCCUAAUGGAGUCAAGUAUCUGAUAAAUAGGCUUCUUGCCUUGAUUGAAAAGCCAUCAUUGGACCCAAUCUACAUUGGAUUAUUUGGAAGCACUGGAGCUGGGAAGAGCUCCCUCAUCAAUGCCAUCAUCCAGCAAGCCAUGUUCCUGCCCGUGUCUGGAGAAAAUAUAUGCACUUCAUGCAUCGUACAAGUGAGCUCCGGCUGCCGUGAGCAGUACGAGGCCAAAAUCCACCUUCUCUCCGACCAGGAGUGGAAGGAGGAACUGAAGAACUUGACUAGACUCCUGCACGGGACAGAGGAGCUGGGCGGAGACGAGGUGGCUGCAUGGGACAGGGACGACGCAGUGGAGGAAGCCAUCUGGAAGCUACAAAUGGUUUAUGGAAAUGGUGCGGAAAGUAAGAGCUAUGAGCAGUUGUUAAGGGUGAAGCCCAAGGGGAAGAUUCCCACCUCCAGAAUCAUCACCCUCAAGGCAGAAGAGGCAGGAGAGCUGUCUGACAAGCUGGACGCCUACAUCCGGACCCAGAGGAGAGGCUGGGAUGGAGAGUCUCCCGAGGCUCGGAUCUGGCCCUUGAUCAAACACGUGGAAGUGACUCUUCCCAAAUCCGAGCUGAUCCCGGAAGGGGUCGUGCUGGUGGACAUCCCAGGCACAGGCGACUUCAACAGCAAGAGGGACGAGAUGUGGAAAAAGACCAUUGACAAGUGCUCAGCGAUCUGGGUGAUCAGCGACAUAGAGCGAGUGUCUGGGGACAAAGCCCACGAAGACCUUCUAAAUGAGAGCAUCAAAGCCUGCCAGCGGGGUUUCUGCAGGGACGUGGCCCUGGUGGUCACCAAGACUGACAAACUCCACUUGCCGGAAUACCUAAGGGAAAGAAAGGUGGGAAAACAAGCUAUUCAAAGUCAGCGAGAGGCUGUUUUGGAAAGAAAUGAAAUGAUAAAACUACAAAGGAAUAGAAUUCUCAAGGAAAAACUGAAGAGAAAAUUGCCAGGUGACUUCAAGGUCCUGGAAGCCUCAGAUCUAGUGUACACAGUCAGCGCCCAGGAGUACUGGCAGCAGGCACUCCUCACGGAGGAGGAAACUGAAAUCCCCAAGUUAAGAGAAUACAUCAGGAAAAGGCUCUUGGACGAGAAGAGGAGGACGGUGACCAAGUACGUGACGGAAGCCUUCGGCCUGUUGCUCCUCGCAGACAGCUUCAACUCCGCGCAGAGCCUGCCGAGUGAGCACUUGCACAUGAGUGGGCUGCGGAGGUUUGUGGAGGAGAAGGUCGAGCUGCUGGAGAAGGCCAUCGCGCAGUGCUUCGCCCGCAUAGAGCGGCCUCUGCAAGACGGGGUCCAGGCCGCCAGGGCUUCCUACCGGCGCAUCCUUGGAGCAUGCCUGGUGAGGAGUAAAGGAAACCAAGGUUUUCACCAGACUCUGAAAGCUGUUUGCCUGAAAAAUGGCAUCUAUGCCUCCAGGACUCUGGCCAGAAUCGAUCUGAACGAAGCCAUCACUCAGCCCAUCUAUGACCAGAUCGAUCCUGUGUUUGGAGGCAUUUUUAGAAAUGGGAAGGCCACUGAUUCAGCUCUGAUGCCUCACAUAGAUGCUUUUAAGCACUCCCUGCAGGAGAAAAUGACAGAAAUCGGGAUAAGAAAUAGCUGGAAAUAUGAUAGUUAUAAAAAACAUUUCCUGAUUCAGGAGAUAAGCACCAUCCUGGGAGGCCUGGAGGGCCACAUCCUCAGGAGGAAGAGGAGGAUCUACGAGUCGCUCGCCACCUCUGUGCAGAGCGACCUGAAGCCCUGUUACGAAGAUGUCUAAGCGAGUCCUUGUGGCUAUCAUUUUUGCCAGAGGCAGCUCAGAUCACUGGCAAAAAAGCAUGUGAGAGAAUGAAAGAUGUCAUCCGAAGAGGGGUGGACCAGCAGGUGGCCGAGGGCAUGUUCGA